UAGUUAGGCACCUAAUACUACGAUUUUUCAUCAGUCGAUUAUUAAUUUUUACCGAUCUUUAUCACUGAACAAUAACGUCAAUGUUAUUUGCAACAUAUCAGAUUCAGUUCGAUUCCAUCGACUGCGAGUGAUCAAAAUUUAACUUAAUCGGUAAAAUAUUUAUUUAAAUUGCAAAUGCUUUUUUAACAUUUAAACAUACAUACAAUAAUAAAUCGAUUAUAUUUUGUGUAUAGGUAAGUGCCGUUUGAAAUUUGAUCAUGAAACAGAGUUAUAUUUUUUAUUGUAUCGCGGUUUUAGUAUUAUAUUCAACUGUUGGAAAUGCCUUUAGUCUAAUGGACCUAAGUGGACCAUCGUGCUCAAACGAAUGUUGGAAAGGUGGCGAUACUGCUAAGAUGUUGAUGUGUAAGAAUAAUUUGUGUCCCGAUAAAGCUGUUGACCUGUGUACUUGUUGUUGUCCUCCUGGAACUCCUGCUGGAACUCCUGUAACANGUAUAGGUAAGUGCCGUUUGAAAUUUGAUCAUGAAACAGAGUUAUAUUUUUUAUUGUAUCGCGGUUUUGGUAUUAUAUUCAACUGUUGGAAAGGUGGCGAUACUGCUAAGAUGUUGAUGUGUAAGAAUAAUUUGUGUCCCGAUAAAGCUGUUGACUUGUGUACUUGUUGUUGUCCUCUUGGAACUCCUGCUGGAACUCAACAAAUGUCACGGCAAAUAAUAUAUAAGUUAUUUGUAAAUUAUUAUCAACUAUUUGAAAAUGUGUAAACAGAAAUUUAAUAUGUGAAUUUUAAAAGUUACAGAACUCGAAGCCUUUGGGUAAACCUUUGAUAAAUUACACUAGAUAUGACAUUAAAAAACCAUGUUCUUUAACAAAAUCUUUGUUUUUUUAUUUGUUUAAGUACCAUACGAAUUCAUGACCUUUUUAAAAUACUCAUUAAUUUGUCCUCGCUGAAGAUUUUUACUAUCGUAAGCUCAUAGAGGUACUUACGUAUAAUAAAACUGUUAAUGUGAAUAAGUAAGUACCCGUCGUAAGAUUAGUGUAUUUUUAUAUAGUGUUGUAUUAUAUUCAACUACCGGAAGUGGUAACAGGUACCUAUUGCUUUAAUAAUGUGGACGCUGGUAAAUAAAUCAACAUCAAUUUUUCUGAUUCUAAGCCGACGUCAUAAUAUACCUAAACAAACUGGCUAAAACUCUUUGGAUACAAAACUAUCAUACUGCCUGUAGUAGGAAUUUUACAACAUCCAGUACAUAUUUAUGAAUCGUGAAAAAGAAAACAACCGAAAAAAAUACACAAUUUAUUUACUUAAAAACCAAUAGGUACCAUAAUAUUAUUUUAACAAAUUGAUAAAUAAACUAACAAAUCACUUAAAAAAAUAAGAUUUGUUUAUUAAAUACAAAUUGUAUACUUCCAUUAGAAUUCUGGAAGUAUCUAAAAAUAAAAAUUCUCAGCAAAGAAUGUAUUGGUUUGACAAAGAUGUUUAUUUUUGUUUUUGUUUUAAUGUGAACACUUUUUCUACCAGAAAGCUAACUUUGACGUAUACGUUGUAGACCCUUUUCUGAAAGAUUUUCUUGGGAAAAUACUUUAGGGGUCAUUUUUUGAUUUUCCUAAG